AUGUUAUUACAAGCUGCAAAAUUUUUAGGUGCUGGUUUAGCUACUAUUGGAUUAGCUGGUGCUGGAGUAGGUAUUGGUAAUGUUUUCGGUUCUUUAAUUUUAGGUAUUUCUAGAAAUCCUUCUUUACAACAAGAACUAAUGAGAGCUGCUAUGUUAGGUUUCGCUUUAACUGAAGCAAUUGCAUUAUUCUCUUUAAUGAUUGCUUUCUUAAUUUUAUUCGCAUUUUAA